GGAACAUGUAGGAGACAGUGAAGUAAAAAUUCUGUAGGAGUGGAGGCAAGCCCAAGUUUUGUCCUGUGGCUUCAGUACAACCAGCUGUAGUGCAAGGGCUGCCUGGCAGCGUGGAAGUACUGUGGCCUGCAGUGAGGGAGCUCUGGGUGGCAUUUCCCAGCAGCUGGGCUCUGCUACUCUGAACACAGAGCCCUGCUGGUUGAGGGCAAGCUCUGUCCUUCCAGGCUGGGCAGUGGUCUGUUCCAUACGGUGUCUUUGAGGUGAAACUGGUCAGCUUGCUAGUGUUCUGCCCAGUUUCUUCCAACUUUUUUAGCUGUCUUGUUCCCUACUAGACCUAGCUGUUAACGGUGUCUUUAAAGUAUGUGCAUACUGCAGGGUAAGCCAAGAGCCAUGUUUUUUAUUGAGGAAAUGAGCCCUGACCUUCCUGCUGGUUUUACUGCUUCCCAUAGCAUGAAAGGGUGGGAAGUGUUCUGUCUUCCAGCGAUUCGGUCCGCUCGCUAUCCUCAAACGUGCUCUUAGGGCAGCUUGAGCAGAGAAUCCAAAUCCUCUGCAGUGACUCACUGAGGCAGACUGCAGCACCAGCCUGUCCCACCUGAAUAUCUCCUGAGGUGUAGCAGUAGGGCUGGCUGGCUGGAGAUGGUGGCCUUCAGCUGCUUCCACAAGGCUUGCUCGUAGCUGGUCUUGCAAACCUAAUGAGGGAGGCAAUAAUUUUAUCCCUCUGCGUGGUGAAAAGUACCACUGCUGUGUGAGAGACAAAAAACAGCUCUUGUUCAAAUAGUGUUUUUCUGUACCUACUAACCUUCGAGUCAAGGGUCUCCCACUGAUGAAAGCAGCCAAAUCCCAGUAUAAUUUUACCUUUUUUUAGUAGUUUAAUAGAUGUGUACAUUUUGUGUUGCCUGGUUGUUUGGUUUUUUUUUUUUUUGGAAGGCUCUGAAAUAUGCUUCCCACGUGGCAUGGGGUCAGACUCUUCCACUCCUUUUUCCCCUUCAAAUGUGUAAUUAACAUUUUCCUGUAGAGAUCAAACCAGCUUGUGUCAACAGCUGACAAAACUUUUAAUUUUUGUAUGGUUGUGUCAUUUCAGUUUUGUAGGAGGAAGCAAGACUUUUUCCCACCUCCCACCAGCAAAGGGCAGCUCAGGUUUAAGCUGUAAUGCUUGUUACCUGCAGCUUGAGGCUAAACCUGGCAUGGCAAAGCCUAGACCAAGGAGGUUACCAGCAGCAGCAGUAACAAACAGAUAAUUCCCUCUGUGGCUAUUCAUACUCUCACUACGUUAUUUCUAGUAGCAGUGCUGAGUUUUCUUCAAGCUUGAACUUAAAAAUGAGCAAAACUGCAGCAGGAGGGUAGUAGACAGGUUUUGGUACUGAAAUUAAAUGAAGGCAUAGCUCUGCUUUGCUGCUGUGGAACAAGCUUUGUGUUCCUGCAGGGGGGUUGCAGCUUGGGAAGGUUGGUGUGAUGACUGGGGGCACUGUGGGUGAAUGCCCAGGAGUAAGCAGCGUGCACCUAACGUGCUGUGAAGCUGUGCUGUCAGCACCCCAAAAAUACAAACCACAGCUCCCACACCCAGGAGCAGCUCUCAGGGAGCAGCCCAUGUGCUGUGGCUGUGACUGCUGUUUGAUGGCAGGAGAAACAAGUGGAGGAGCAUUCUGCUGCAGGGGCGAUGGGCUGGUGCCUGGGUCUAGUUAGAGUUGUGCCCAUGGGGGUGGCUUCCUUGCCUCUGGGAAGCAGCGGUGAGAUGCACUGGGACAGCAGGAGAACCUCCAGUGUUGCCUGUGUGUUGGGUGUUGACCACGUGUUGGGUGUGCCAGAGCGAUCACAGCCAAGAGUCCCUGUCCCAGGGCAGUUUGGGGCAAUGCUGGUAUUUUACAACUUGUCUUAUGAUUUCUGUCAUAGUUUCAAUGCUGACUUCAGCACAUAGACUAGGAGCGUUUGCUACCUGUAGCACUGACUGCUGGCUCCUCUUCAGAAAAAACAAGAUCUUGAAUUUUAGAGCAAAUCCUAUUGCAGCGUAUCCUGUUUGUAGAAAAGAUUUAAUAAUCAAGCUGGUAAACUUUGAAAUGCACCCUUUGUCAGAGCGUUCAGCACAGUAACUUUCACAGCCACCCCUGUGCCCCUGACUGCUUUCAGCAAAGCUCCUCGGAGUGGCUUUUCCAGAAUCUCCCUGUUUGCCUGGAGCGUGUCUUCGGACAAAGCUGAGUGUAGAUGGCUGAUUUCCUAAGCAGACCUCGUUCCUUCUCAGUGCAUGAAGUACGUCUCAGGGUUGUUCAGGCUGGCUUUCAGCAAGAACACAAUCAGUGAGCUGUGAACUCCGGGCAUCCUUGAAACUAUGUGAAGUUGACGUUCUGCAUUCUGAGGGUUUCUGGGUUUCGCUACCAGAGGAGCCCAGAGGCUCUGGAGGAACGAGGCAGUCAGUGCAUAUCUCCUGGCAUAUUCUAGCGCCGCAUCAGUUACUUUGGGGGCAUUUUUUCUGGACUGGAUUUUUGGGAUUCCAUUUUGUAGGUGACGCUUGUCUUAAAGUUUUAGAAAGGGGAGUUUCUGUGGCUGGAGGGGAAUCUGAUUUCCAGCUGACUGGAAUAUUUCUAGUCUGGCAGCUGAAUCCCCCCUCUUAUGUGUCACUUAUCCCAGUACAGGCUUUUAAGGAAUCGAGUACAUAUGAAGCAGCAGAGGGCUGUUUUUUAGCGUGUACAUAAUAGCACAUUUAUACAGUCUGCAGUUUAUUCUGUUACUUGUGAUACCACUCGGUAUGGCAGUAUUAAAUCAAUCAGGGGCAUUUAAAACCGUGUGAUCAUGUUCUUGGACUCCGCUUUCUGAACUGAUUUAAUCCUUCGGUGCCAGACGCUCGACUGCCAGGCCUGGUGCACGUUAGUAACAGCACUAUCCUGAUGGCAUUGCAAGCCCUGGGCUAACUGGGAAAUGUCCUCAGAAAGCUGUGUGUGUGCAGCGUGCACCUUUCUGCUCGUUAGGGGCUGUGCAGGAGCUUUGCUGGUUCCUCCCCUGCUUAGCUGGACAGGAGGGCUGGCAGGUGGGGUUCUGGUAGCACGCUGUUACGCUGUGCGUAGGGUGCUGCUACUAGGACUGAGGUCACGUUCCUCACGUUACUGUAGCUGCUCGGGUUAUUAAAUCUGAAGUAUUUCACAGUUUCCUUUUCCACAGCUGCAAUAACUGUUACAUGGCACUGCCUGCCCAGCGGCAGGCUAAUUUUAACACUGGCUUCCCUCGUUUCUGUCCCUUUUGCAGAAAAGGCUGUCCAAGGGCUUUAAGGAUCUUCAGCGCUGUUACAGAAACAACCUGCUUACCUGUAAGCUCACGAAUUCUUGUGCAAAGCUCUUAGAGUAUCCCAGGGUUGGUGUCGUUGCUGGGAACACUGCUGGUUGCCACCUUUCUGCCCGGUAGGUCGCAGCCAGGUUAGUGUUCAGCACGGCAGGGAUUUGCUUCCUACUACGAGAUUGUUUUGUUCAUGUCACCGUGCUCCCAAGACCCGCCUCUUUCCUUUAAAUAAACCAAAAAAAUCACCAAGUACCUCUAUGAACCCCGGCAAAAUCUGUACUGUAACGAAUCUGUAAAAUUUAUAUUGCUGUAAAAAAUUAAAUAAAAGCAUUCAAACCUUCUAGGUUUUUGUGUUCAAAUAUAAGAAUUAUUGUGUCAGCAAGGAUGAACCGAGCAGGAUAAGAACGGGAAGAAGCUUUACAGCACCAUAGGGAGGCGCAGAAUUAGUCCUUUCAAGUCUUACUUGGCCAAAAUGCGUAAAGCAUCUGGAAACCCUAGCUGUGAGCUUUCUUUCCACUGGGUGGUAGCAGCUCGUAUCUUCGGCUGUAACAGAGCUGCUUUCAGUUUCGGCUCGGUGAGAUCAAUUUGCAGUGGGGCGUGCAGCUGGGGCAGGGUGGGAGGUGCCACUUCCCCUUUAGCUGGGGAAGUGCUCAAACUGUAGCUUAGAGGAAAGACGGUUCUUGGGCUUCACAAAAACGUGUGCGCUCCGUUAGCAAGUCAGAAAAUUUCCUCCAAGACGUGAUUUUUCGUUAAAGCUGCCAUGAAAACUUGGCAAAAACUCAAGUAACUUGUGGUCGGGGUGAGAUGUGCUUGCUCUGGUCCCAGAGCUUGCAGGGGGGGUUGAUCUGUGUGCAGGUCUCUCACAGUGUCACUGGUAAUCUACUUGCAAAAUUUAUGAGCCCCAGGAGAAAGAUCCUGUUGGAGCUUGCAAAGCUUUCCUCAGAACUUUAAGCGUGUCUCUGCAGAAAGGCCAGAUUUAGAUUUUUUUUUUCUAAUCACAGUUUCUCUGACCAGCAUUAGCUGUUAGCUCCAGCAAAUGCAGCUGGUGAUCAGACCCCACCUUUACCAGAGGAUGUCACCUGGCCCCCAGGGCAUUCAGCAGGUAAGCUGGGGCCAGAAGCUGCCUUCCCACGGCCUCUCUGGGCCCCAGGAGAUCUUUCUGCAGCUGGGUAGCAGAAGGAGGGGGAAAAAAAAUAGAGUUGGGUUCAUUGGUAAAACGGACUGAAGGUAAAUGUGCUCACAGGGGAAAGACAGGAGCUGAAAUGGGUCAGCUUUGAAGGGACAAAGAUGGAAUUGUAAUGUGUUUCCCAUCAGUUAUUGCAGCAGAUAAAAGCGUGUUGCGCCCUUCUUUGGCUUUUUACCAGGCCAGAAAUGGUUUCUAGCAGUGGGUACAGAUGUGCCACGGGGAUUGCGAAAGUGUCAGGCACUGCGUGGAGCCUGAUACCAACAUGAGCAGAGUUUGAUGUUUGGGAGCAGAACUUGUGGCUGUGUUGGUGGCCACAUGGAGCGAGGGCUCUGACGCUGAAGCGCUUCUGGUGAGAAAUAUAAAAUAUAUAUCUAAAAAACAUAAAGAUGGACGGGAAGUGGUGUCUGUGUAGCCAUCUGCCUUGCUGAGUAAGGCGAGAAAAGGGCACGAUCAGCCUUGUGGAGGGACUGACGUCCUCAAAAGGCAUCACUCGACCCGAGGGCUGCUGUAAUAUACUCAAGGUGACCCCACUGCCUCAUACGGCCAAUUGUCCUCGCUAACCGUGCCGCUCCUCGGGCACUGCAGUGGCUUUUACCCUGCAGGGGCUGGGCAGCCGGGACGAUGGGCGCCCAGCACGAGGUGCCUUUGCUCCAGCCCGUGCCAGCCUUGGUAAGGUCCCUGCGGAGGCACUGAGUCAUCUCUGAAGCUGUGGGGCGGAUCAGAGAGGCUGCGGGCAAGUAAAGGGUCUCUUUUUAGCACUGGUUGUUCCUAAUAAAUUAAUAAACUUCUUCUGAUAUGAAAAAGGAGAACUGUAAUUGUCCCCAGCAUAGUCAGAGCAACGGUUUUGCUAUAAGCAACAUUUUUUUUAAAGCUUCUGUCAGCUGCUUAUGUUUAAAUAGAUAAAUGCUGCUAAAAAACACGUAAUAAACUACUUCAUAGCUGUGAGCUCUGCCAGAAAAGCCCGUUUCGUAGCAGCUGGACCAGCAGUGGGAGGUGGUGCAGUUUGCAUCCCGUGCACAGAGCCACGCGUACGCCCUACAAGCCAUUCACAGCUGGCUCUUGCUCUUCUGGCCUCUGGUUCAGCCCCCACGCACUGAGUUUUUCGAUCCAUGCCUGGAUUUCACACGGGAGCCCUUUAUUUUUGCACCUCUGGUUAGAAUCGGAGUAGAUAAAAUCUAAAUUUGAGCGCAUAGGCGCAGACGGUGGUUAACUGUCUUGGCAGAGCAAUGUUUCCUCUGACAGCCUGAUAGCAAAGUUCCCAUCCCGGAGUUGCGGACGCUGUGAGCAGAUGAUUAUUUUAUCAUUUUUGUGAUAGAAGAGUUCCCUUCUGGGGGAGAGAGGGAGAGGGAAGGUUGCAGCUCACUGGCUGCAGCAUCUCGAGGGCGCCCCGGCUCAUUUAAAUACAACAAAAUUUCCCUUGGCUGAACGAUUUGCAUGCCCGUAUGUAUGUAGUGCCCUGGUGAGAGGUGGCGUGAGGCGUUUUGUUUGCAGUUGUAAAACGUGUGCCGGGCUGGCUGUUGCACUCUGCCAGCUAUAAAUACACGGGGCUGCCGCGUGCACGUCCUAUUCUUAGAGCAGGAUUCGUGUCCCUGCACCACGUCGGGGCUUCAGGCCAGCAGUUACCCCCGAGCCCUUAUUCAUAACCCCUCCUUAGUCUUUUCAAGUGCAAAAGAAAAUCAUGAGCUACUGUUUUGGGGUUGUUUUACUGGUUUUUUAUCAGUGCAGUGCGUUUGUGCUUGCCAUCUGCACGCUGCCGCUGCUGGAGCACGAGACAAGGUUUUGUUCUUACUGCCGGGCAGAAGGGGUCUCGGUGGGGCUGCCAGUCUGGCCGCUAGCAGCAGUGCCCUCCGGCUCUGCGCUGCCCUUCCAAGGCUCAUCCUGUCUGUAAAACCUGAGAGAAGGCUUCCAACUUAGCUCGCCUCUUCCAAGCUUUGUCAGGCAGCGCCUGCCGCAAGUAACGCUCAGCGCAGCGAUGAUUGUCCCGAGGCUCUUUGCUAGAGGGGAAACGACUGCGGGCGUUGAAUGUUUGAGGGGCAUCAGCCGAAUCUGGAGCUUGAGGGCUCUGUCAGCGUGCGUGGCUCUCACCCGAGCCUCUUCCUCUCCCCCUGAGGAUCUGAACGGCUUCUGCAAGAGGUGGCUCUGUGCGAGCACCGCCCGUGGGGCUCCUGUGAGCCGGAGAGGGGCUGACCGGCGGCCGGCGGCGGAUGUUGGGGUUAAUGAUUCAGAUGGUGACAGGAAACCAGCAGCUGGCUAACGAUCCUCUCCUCGGAGGAACCGGCACUCGGAGGCGCGUGAGGAGCUGGGACGCAUGGGGACGGCCGGCUGAGGUUGCAGGCCUCAUCACAGACCACGCUGGCUCAAGCCUAUUUAUUCUCCUCGCCCAUUUCCCCAAGGCAGACUGCGGGGAAAGCACGUUCAGCCUUCCAGAUAACUUAUUUAUAACCCGCCAGCAGUGAGCUGGACACCGCGGAGUCAUGGCACAGCUGGAGCUGCUGUGGGCGGCUGCCGCACUGAUGCUGCUCGGGGCGGCUGUCAGCGCCUGCGUCAGGUGCCAGCUCUCCGGUACAAAGCGAGAAAAGAAGCAGAACAAGCAGACAAAUCAGCUCGGAAGCCAGCAGACCUUUGAGGUGAUUCGGUCCCACUCCAUGCUAGCUGUAACGCGAAGGCUAGACCAGAUUAAGGAACCUGAAAACUUCACCAUAACAAGGAAAGCCCACGAGGAGCUCGGUGCCUCCCGUCCCUUUGGCAUUGAUAGCAGGACCGAGCCCCGGUACCAGAACUUCCUGACAGAGGACUACCUGUGCGAGGACGCUGCCUACGUGGAGCCCAUCCCUGUGGCUUUCUAUGAGCAUGCCAAGUGCUUCACCUCACCCAAAGCCAAAGAGGAGGACUCCCAUUCCUACCAGAAUGUCUUCAUUGGGGACACGUGUGGCUCUGGGCUGGAUGACGUGGAUGACUACGAGAACAGCCCGGCGAUACACGCCUGGAAAAGCGAGCAAAGUGCGGCAGCGCUGUACAUAGACAGCCAGGACGAGGAGCCGGACUACGUUAACACCAACCCCGCACCGGACCCCACCCUGCUGUCAAAGCAGAGUAAACUGCGUAAAGUCUGAAGGAGCCCUUCGCCGAGCUGUAAGGGCACACCCAGCCAGCAUGUACAUAGGGAAGGAGGAGUCUUCGAUCCCGCAGUGAAAUCUCCAGAUUGUGCCCAAGAUCAUGUGGAACUGGUGCCGCUGAGAGGAGGAAAGGCUCUGCUUGAAGUCCAGCUGCAGACGUGUGUUGGAGGGAGCGCUCUGCCUGGCAGUGAAGCCUGGCCGACCCCUUCAGCGGCUCCCUCGGGCACGCCACGAGCUCGUUAUCCUGUCUCACUUCCCUGCACGUCUGCUGGAGGGAGGACAGCUACUCUGUGCAAUGUUUUCUCCUGUCAAGCAUGAAAUGAAUCUUUAAAUUGCUGAGCGGUAAUGCAGCCAACUACUUAAUUUGUCAGGCUGACUCAUGCACGAUGGCAUUCGAACGCGGGGAUUAUGUUCUGAUUUAGUUCCUCUGCUCUCCUGCAGAAGCUGUUUCCUACAGGAGAGGAACUGGCAAGGCAGAGGUUGCUUUUACGGCAGCAGUGGUUCUCUGGAGCUAAAUGAGAUACCAAACUGUUCACAAAAGCUAAGGACUAAAGAGGAUUAAAUCCUCAUCUUAUUCACAGCUCGUAAUUCCCAGUGUCUGUGGCAGUUCUCCUUGUGUUUCGUUAUCUGUUUUAUAACGAUACAAAGGCACUGCAACAACUGACAAGGUCGGAUCCACUGCUGUCAGCCUCAGAAAUUGCACUGGUCCUUCAGAUUUGCCAUAGGAACAUCAGUUCUGAAACAUAACCCUUGUCUCUUGAGCCCUCAUGUCUAGAUUUGGCUCUGUCAUAGCACUUAUUUAUUAAAAUUGAAAAACCUCCAAAGCAAA